CCAGGGUUUGUUUACAAAGCAGCCACUGUGAGCGCACGUGAAAUCCUGUACUAGACAGAUAGACGCCGUUUUAGAUUAUAUGCUCUUCUUUCCAAGAUGAUCCCUGCAGUUUUAGGCCAGCUGUUGACUAAAGUAAAUAGGCUAAAGUCUCACAUGCUGUUUGCUCCAUGUGGUUCUUCACUCUUCACAGCAGCACAGCUAUCAUCAAAUCAAUUCUCUAAACCUCCUGAUAAAAAUAUCCUCCUCAUGGGUCUUCCAGGAGCAGGGAAGACCUGUGUGGGCCGGAUUGUGGGAUAUAAACUUAGAAUGCCUGUUAUCGAUAUAGAUGACGAUGUUCUUGAAAAGACUUGGGGAAUGAGUGUGGCAGACAAGCUCUCCAAAGUCGGCGGAGAUCGUUUUAUUGAAGAAGAGGGUAAAGCGGUGUGUGGAUUCACAGCUACUGGAAGUGUCAUCUCAAUGACCGGCUCCAAUCCGCUGCAUCGGGAUACAAUGCAGCACCUGAAACGCUCUGGAGUAAUCGUGUACCUGGAUGUAGACACAGAAGAUAUCAUGCAAAGACUCGGUCGAAUGAAAGUGAAUAGGAUUGUUGGUCAGAAUUCUGGCGUUUCCAUGAGAGAUAUAUUACAAUACAGGAAGCCAUUUUAUGAGGAAUGGUUAGAUGCGAGAGUGCUUUGUGGGACGGGAGACUCUAUAGAGGACGUGGCUGAUAAAGUCAUGAAGACUCUGCUUAGGUUAGAGGACUCAGAAUCAGAGACGUUCAUUUCAACGAGGAGCCAAAGGUCAAGCGAUCCCAAGUUCUUUAGUGAUGUUGUCAUUGAAGGUCUCGCACCAGAUGGGGGGCUUUACGUACCACAGAAAGGAUUCCCUAAACUUGAUCCUUCUGAAUGGUUGAGGAUAUCCAACAUGCCAUAUGACGUGAGAGCUGUGACCAUAUUGGAAAACUGUAUCCAUCCUUUGGAUGUGUCCCCUCUGGCAUUGAGCAAAAUGGUAAACCGUGCCUACAGCCAGAACUUUGCCGAUCAAUCAGUUGUUCCUCUAAAGCACCUCACUGAUCAUCAGUACCUUCUAGAACUCUUUCAUGGCCCGACUGCCUCUUUUAAAGAUCUGGCACUGCAGUUAAUGCCUCAGCUCUUCGCCCACUGCUUGCCACAGAUGUGCAACUACCUGAUUCUAGUGGCCACAUCUGGAGAUACUGGAAGUGCGGUGCUAAACGGCUUCCGGAAUCUUAAAGACAGUGACCGGGAUAGAAUCGGCGUGCUUGUGUUGUUCCCUGAGAAUGGAGUGAGUGAGAUUCAGAAACUACAAAUGACAGGAUUCCAAGGUGGAAAUGCCAAGUCUGUCAGCGUCCUGUCCGACUUUGACUUCUGCCAAAGGAGCAUUAAACAAAUGUUUGGGGACUCCAACUUGAUUGGACACUUUGCUGUGGAGUACGCCACAAUACUCAGCACUGCGAACUCAAUAAACUGGGCCCGACUGCUUCCUCAAGUGGUCUAUCACUGCUCUGCGUACAUGGACCUGCUUAAAAAUGGCACAUUGUCAUUCGGGGAUCCCAUUGAUGUGUGUAUACCUACUGGCAACUUCGGGAAUGCUAUGUCAGCUCUGUACGCCAAGCAAAUGGGAAUCCCAAUACGGAAGGUGAUCUGUGCGUCCAAUCAUAACCGUGUCAUAUCUGACUUCAUCACUAGCGGUGAGUACGAUCUCCGUGACAGGAGGCUGCUGGUGUCAAACUCCCCUGCCAUUGAUAUCCUAAAGUCCUCCAACCUUGAAAGGUUCAUCCAUCAUGCAUCUGGUGGAGAUGGGAGUCUUGUCAGAGAUCUGUUUUCGAGUCUAGAAAGAGAUGGGUUCUUUAAAGUGUCAGAGACUUUACGGCAGAAGAUAAAUCUGGAAGUUCAAGCUGGUUGGUGCUCAGAGGAUGACUGUUUGACGGCCAUACGGGAGGUGCAUAAAUCAACAGGGUACAUAAUGGACACUCACACAGCAGUUGGCAAAGUAGUUGCAGAUCGUCUGCAUGACAGAAGCUGUCCACUGGUGAUAUGCUCCACUGCACACCACGGGAAAUUUGCUCCGGCUGUCUUAAGAGCUCUUCAGUGUCAAAAUAUCCCACAGGACCCCGUCAAGCAGCUGGAUGAACUCUGCAGCAUUGGAGGUCAGGAGCAGACGCAUGGAGCUCUCGUAAAAUGCAUGAGGAGUGCAGGAAAUCAUCCUCAUGAAGUUUGUCAAGCUGACUAUAGCAUGCUGACAGAUCAAGUAGAAACUAUGGUACAAGAUUUAUUUCUGAAAGUCAGGUAAGACCUGCAAUGUCCGCAGAUGUCCACUAGAUGGUAAUGUCUGCCAAGAAAUAAUCAACAAUUGUUAAUUUGAACACAAGGUGGCAGUAAUGUGCCAGGAUAAAAUUACAAUGUUGAUGUUCAAGAGAUGUACAAGACUUUCAUAACUUCAUGAUGGAAGCCUGUUUUAUACUUCUAGUAUCCAAAUUGAUUUUAUGUAGUUGAAAUGUAAUAUUGAAAAUAACUAUCACACAAAAACAGAACAUCAUGUCAACCCAAACAUGAAAUUCUCUCUACUUUUGCACAGACAGGCAUUUUAAUAAACAUGUCAGUGUUUUUUUGUACAUUGGAAGUCAGUGGUAACCCAAAUUGUUUGAUCACCAACAUUCUAAACAAUACAAUGUUCUGCAGAAAUCAAGAAACCUAAACAUAUUCAAGAUUUUACUAUCCUUAUAAUGUCAAAAACAGAAAAUAAAGAAGGCAAUAAUGUAGAUGUGCUGAUUUGAUUCAUUUACCGCCUUUCCCAGAUUAAAAAAUACUAAAGUAAUAAUGGUAAUCUAAGAAAUUACCUUACAGAUAGUCAUACUAUAAAUGCACCCAUUCACUUAAUUCACAAGAAAACAGGACAUCGACAUCGAAGGCUUUCAGUUUAUUUUGGUUACUUACGUAUUCAUCCUCUUUUCUCCAAGUGAGGAAAACAAAUCAUGACAAAGGUGAUGAUAAAAUAGUUUGUAUUCUGAGAGGUGCCACAAUAUGACUGUUCUUGCUGAGUCAGUAAACAGCAAUCCCAUCACACUCUUGGUCCCAUGUGAUUUUUUUUUUUCUGUCCAGUUACAGGCGUGACCGCGGCCGCUCUGCUCGCCACAGGAGAACGAAACACCUUCAUAUGCAUUAUGUACAAGAAACACUCAGAUAUUCAGAGACUUAAAUGAUAUUCGAGUAACAUUUACACAUCAAGCAGACAAGACCCAAAUCUCACUCACAAAACCAGAAAUGAAAUCCAGGUAGGAACAUUCAAGCCGUCAAAAAUACUAUGCGGAUAUUUCAAAAAAUAGCUUUUGAGUUGUUUUUUUUUCGACAUGCAAUAUGAAUGCAUCAAGAAUAAACAUGAACAUUUCAUCCAAAAGAAAUAAAACUGUUCUUCCUCAAGAGCUUUUAUAGGCAAACGUCACAACCAAUCAUAUACAGUACUGUGCAAAGCAAAUAAACAUACCAUACAUGACAUAAUGAAUGCGAAACAUUUGCACAAUACUGUAUGUUAUAGGUGUUAAAGGGACAGACAUUUUCAUAUCAUUUGCUCAACCUCGUUGCAAACAUUUAUGGCCAUUAAACAAGUAAAACAAAUGUCAAAAUUGAAUGUUUGUUUUGCUAGAGGACACAGUUGUUCUUUAAGUUAGCUUCUGCGUUUGGGGUGAUGGCCCUUUUCUGUUGGUGUCAGUUUGGUAAUAUUGUUAACCACGCCCCUAUUGUUAUAAGGGAAUGAUGCGCCAAAAAGCUCCGCCCACUUCUCAAUAUUCAGUUUCAGUCAGAAGUACAUUAGUACACGCACACUUUGAAGGCUAAUUUAUACUUCUGCAUCAAGCGCACGCAUGCUGUGGCCAUCCCUGACGCGCACCUCUCAAAAAUUUUAACUACACGUCGCAACAAUGUGUAGCACAAGCACUGUGAUUGGCUUGGUAGCACUGACAAUUGUGGGUGGGACUGAGAGCUGUGCAGACCUAUUGGAGCGUGUGUUUACAAGUGUAAAGUCCCGCGAAUGAGCUCCAGAUGGAAAGUUUUGUUUUGUGUUUACCUUAAAUUAUUGCUUGUCCGCCGGUUCCCAUCUUUAAAUGAGCGAGUUUGAGCUACUUCUAAACUAAGGUAGCGUUCUACAAAAAACAAAACACCUACGAAGAAACUCGACACAGAUGAACAUAUAAACCUACUGCCAGCUAGUGUAACGGGGGAAAAAAUUAAACUGUAAAUUAAGUAUGAAUGGUGUCAAAAUGCUUGUUUUUGUUGAAAAUAUCUGUUCUAAUUAAAUCAAAAUCCUAUGUUCACUGUUAAACUGUGUAAUACAUCAUGGGGAAAAAUAGACACCUACAGGUGAGAAAGGGGGUUUAAUGGGUGGAGUCAGCCAGCCAUUUGGUCAGUUCACUUGUUGUUCAAAAGCUGUUGAGAGUGAUUUUUUUGAUGACCAGACCUGGUACACUUAUUGUCUGUGUGGAGCCCUGUUUUCUUUCGGAGAACACUAUAAAGUGAAUUUGUUCAGGUAAA